AUGGCGUCACUGUGCUUAUCUCUCCACCAAACCCUAAAACCCUUGGCGGCUCCUAGACUCACACCACUCUCCCUCUCCUUCCCUACCUCCACCAUCUCACUCCUCCCCUCACCCAAACGCCUCUCCACCCUAACCACACGCGCAUCCCACACCCCAACACCAGCAACAGAGCGCGUGAUCUCAAUCGCCUCCUACGCCUUACCUUUCUUCAACUCCAUCCAAUACGGUCGCUUCCUCUUCGCACAAUACCCCAAACUCGGCCUCCUCGUGGAGCCCCUCUUCCCCAUCCUCAACCUCUACACAUCCCUCCCUUACGCCAGCUUCGUCGCCUUCUUUGGCCUCUACUUGGGUGUCGUGAGGAACACGAGUUUCACCAGGUACGUUAGGUUCAACGCGAUGCAGGCCGUGACGCUUGAUGUGUUGCUUGCGGUUCCGGUUUUGUUGACGAGGAUAUUGGAUCCGGGUCAGGGAAGUGGGUUUGGGAUGAAGGUGAUGAUGUGGGGACAUACGGAUUGA